AUGGUCCAAUCCGCCUUGUGGGAUUUCCUCAAGGGACAACUCUUCACCCGCCUCCCCUACCCCGAAACGCCCUUCACGGACCAAGUGGUCAUCGUGACUGGGUCGAAUGUGGGACUCGGCUUCGAAGCAGCCAAGCACUGCACGCGCCUCAACGCGGCCAAGGUGAUCCUGGCCGUGCGCAGCCUGGACAAAGGAAACGCGGCCAAGCGAGCGAUCGAAGAGAGCACCGGGCGGCGAGGCGACGUGGUCGAAGUCUGGCCCCUCGACCUCUCGAGCUACGCGUCGGUCAAAGCGUUCGCGCAGCGCGCGAUGCAACUACCGCGCCUCGACGUCCUCCUCGAGAACGCCGGCAUCGCCGGGGUGCCCUACCGGCUCGCCGAGGACAACGAGAGCACCAUCACCGUCAACGUCAUCUCGACCUUCCUGCUUCGGCCUCCUGCUCCUCCCCAAGCUCCGCGAGACGGGCCAGCGGUACAACAACACGCCGCGGCUGCCCCAUCUCGUCAUCGUCAGCUCGGGAGUGCACUACUUCACCAAGCUGCCGGAGCAGUCGGCCCCGGACGGCAAGAUCCUCGCCACGCUCAACGACAAAGCCACCGCCAACAUGGGCGAUCGGUACAACGUGUCCAAGCUGCUCGAGGUCCUCUUCACGCGCGAACUCGCCGCGCGCUCUCCCGUCCAGUCCCAGCCCGGCAGUGCCCGGGGAAAAGGCGGCGUGAUCAUCAACUACCUGAACCCGGGCCUCUGCCACUCGGAGCUCGCGCGCAAUUCCGGCUUCGGCGUCCGCUUCAUCAAGUUCCUGCUGGCACGCUCCACCGAGGAGGGCAGCCGCACCCUCGUCCACGCCGCCGCCGCGGGCGAGGAGACCCAUGGACAGUAUCUGAGCGAAUGCAAGGUCGCCAGGGUGGCGCCCAUGGUGAGCAAAGACACGGAAAAGCAGGGAGGCCAGUUACACACGAGGGUCUGGGAUGA